UUUCAAGCGGCGUCUCCGCCCCGCGGCGGGCGGGGAGGCGGCGCCUAUAAAGACGGGCGUCCGCGGCGGCGAGCAGCUCGCCGUUCCCCGCGCGGUGGUGUAGGUCCGUCCGCGCCAUGGCUCGCACGAAGCAGACGGCCCGCAAGUCCACCGGCGGCAAGGCCCCGCGCAAGCAGCUGGCCACCAAGGCGGCCCGCAAGAGCGCGCCCGCCACGGGCGGCGUCAAGAAGCCGCACCGCUACCGGCCCGGCACCGUGGCGCUGCGCGAGAUCCGGCGCUACCAGAAGUCCACCGAGCUGCUGAUCCGCAAGCUGCCGUUCCAGCGCCUGGUGCGCGAGAUCGCGCAGGACUUCAAGACCGACCUGCGCUUCCAGAGCUCGGCCGUCAUGGCGCUGCAGGAGGCGAGCGAGGCCUACCUGGUGGGCCUCUUCGAGGACACCAACCUGUGCGCCAUCCACGCCAAGCGCGUCACCAUCAUGCCCAAGGACAUCCAGUUGGCCCGCCGCAUCCGCGGGGAGCGGGCCUGAGCGCUCCGCCUCGCCACCGUCCCCCCCAAAGGCUCUUUUCAGAGCCACCACAGCGCCCGGAAGGAGCUGUUCACCUGCCUUGCUCUGGGGCGGCCGAUCGUCGCCCUUCAGUUAAGCGCCCUGUUCUUUUUUCUCAGGUUUUGGGUUGUGGCUAUCGCCGCUCAGGAGAUUAGCACCGGAAUGCAUGCAGUGUUUAAUGCUCCUAGCUUUCCCUAAAUCCCUCAUGCGAGCUCCAGCACUCUAUGUUUGGAUAACGUCCAAGUCUCACGUUUCCCCUCCUUCCUUUGGUUUUUGCCUCCCAGUGGUCGACAUCCGCAUCUGGCUAGUGAAAUGACUGGGCGGUCAGAUCGCAGCCUGGUGGUAAGCAGACGACCUGGGCUUCCCUUUGCAGGUUGGGAGUUGGUGGAAGGGAGGUGAAGGCCUCAACACCCCCAAUGAAGUAGAGUUUAAAAAGACCGCUCCAGGUGGCUUUCCCCUACAGGCAUCAAACUGUCUACGAAGAUGAAGUAGAAGAAUGGGAUGUGAAAGGAGCCUAAAGGAAGUCUGAGGCAAAAGUCUUCAGGGCAAUAGCAGGUGAGGGGCUGAGGACAAGAUCAGGAAAGCGGCGGAAGCCACUGCUGACUCUGAGGCAUGCAGAAGCUUGCCUGAACCUGGACGAGGGAAAGGGAGAAAAAAGCUUUGUGGUAAUUAGCGUUUCUAUUGCUGUGAUGAAACACCAUGACCGAAAGCAAGUUGGGGAGGAAAGGGUCUGAUUUAAUCAUUACUUCCGUAUAACAGUUACUCAAGAUAGGAACUCAAACAGGGCAGGAACCUGGAGGCAGGAGCUGAUGCAGAGGCCACGGAGAAGUGCUGCUUACUGGCUUGCUCCCCCUGUCUUGCUCAGCCUGCUUCCUUUUAGAACCUUGGACCACCAGCCCAGGAAUGGUUCCACCCACCACAUCAGUCAGUAAUUAAGAAAAUGCCCUACAGCCCCAUCUAAUGGAGGCAUUUUCUCAACUGACGGUCCUUCCUCUCCAGUGACUACAGGUUGUGUCAAUUAAAAUCAACCAGUCUAGCACGGUGCUGUUGCUGUAAAAACAGCGGUCUCAGGUUCUGAAAGAGGAGCUACAGAUGAGAACCCUGCGGGGACAGAAAUGCUGAGGACCCAAGGGAAAGCUCCAGGACAGGCCUUGGGGACAUUUGUUCUACCUAAGCAUCUGGUGACAGGAAACUAGAGAAGACAUCCUGAAGCCCAAAGGGAAAAUAAAAUCGACAGUAAACAUCACCUUUGGUUUCUGUGUCACUUCACAGCCUCAGCCUUGGCUUUGCCUAGAUUUUAUUUGAUCUUUAAAGUAUUCCUAUUGGAAACGUAGGCACUUUCAGGAACACUAACAAUGAGGAAGUUUAACUUUGACAAAAACUGGAAUUUUCCAUGGCUGCUCUCAUCAGACUAUCGGUCAUAUUAUCUGGAGAGGAAAUACACUCAUGCAUAUUGUGAGGAAUUCAGACAACUCGGAAACGUUUGAGGAAGAUAACUAAACCAACACGUGCAAACCGUGGCUAAAUUUUUGUGGCUGUUCCUAAUGAUUCUCUGUGUAUCCAUACAAAUGUAUGCUAGUCACAGUCUAUAAAUGUCAGCUCAGGGCUUUUGGCUCAAGCAAAGAAAUAUAUUUAUAGCUACAAUAAAGUGAAGAGUUUCCAGGGAAAGGAAAUAUGACUCAAGAGUGGCUAGCCUGGGUGUUCAUGAGGAUGCUACAGCAAGUCACAGGAGAGAGCCUGGGGAGGAGAAGUCAGACCGCUGACUGGUGUUCAGGGCAACCCCAUGAAUUGGUGGGAUUCUUAUUUAAACACGGCUGCAAUGGGGGUAGAGCCACAGAAACGCCUGCAAACCUCUGCACUAUCUCUAGAGGAUGCUCUGAGAGACGGAAAUGAGAGAAGUUAGGGUCUGCUAGGGUUUCAUGGCCCUUCCCAUUACAGCUGGCUGAGACGGCAAAGAAGAAGAGAAAUGUGUACAGAGUGAUGCCUGAGGACCAUUCUAGAAUUUCAUCUUCAUAGACGGCACAUAGCUAGCACAGUUCAGAAACUGACAAGCAGUGAGCAGAGGUCAUCAUCCAGACCACCUAAAAGAAGCCAUAAAAAGACGUGCAAUGCGGUCACUAGCUGGGCACGUGGUACACUGUCCUUAAUCUCGACACUCCAGGGUCAGCGGCAGGCGGAUCUCCGAGUUCAAGUCCAGACUGGGCUACAUAGAAUCCCAGGAUAGCCGGGAUUACAAAACCAUAUAAUAAUGACACAAAGACCAUUGGGAAAUGUUAGAGAAGAAAAAAAAUGUA